GCUGGCCCCGAGUGUGACCGGUUUCCGGCCGGUGGUGCCGCACCGGCUGCCAGGAGACGUGUAACGGACGGUGGGCCGCAGCCAUGGCCGAGAGGAAACUUAACGGUAGCGGCGGCGCCGCCUCUACCUCCUCAUCGGGCACUAACUUACUCUUCUCCUCCUCGGCCACGGAAUUCAGCUUCAACGUGCCCUUCAUCCCAGUCACCCAAGCCGCCGCUGCCUCGGCCUCCUUGCUCCUGCCUGGAGAAGAUUCCACCGACGUUGGGGAGGAGGACAGCUUCCUCGGUCAGACUUCUGCUCACACGUCUACCCCACAGACCUUUAGUUACUUCUCUCAGGUAACAAGCAGUAGUGAUCCUUUUGGGAAUAUUGGACAGUCGCCGUUAACAACUGUGGCAGCAUCGGCUGGACACUCAGCAUACUCCAAGUCCCCAGCUGCUCUCCCUUUUACAACUGGAUCCCAAGAUGCGUCGAAUGCGUGCUCACCAGCCAUUUCGAAGGCUCAGUAUGGUGCUCCACCUUCUGCACAGAUGGGAAUGAAUACUUACCUGCCUUCUCAGCCAAGUAGUCUCCCUCCUUCCAAUUUUGGGAGCCCACCGCAAGGAACGUCCCAACAAGGACACAAUCCAUACCGUCACACCCCUGUAAGCAGCAGGGCUAAUCCUUAUAUUGCACCCCCACAGCUGCAACAGUGCCAAACACCAGGCCAUCCCCCCCAUCCUCCACCCGCCGGACCCCCGCUUCAGAUGUACCAGAUGCCUGUAGGAUCUUUGCCACCGAUUCCUCCUUCAGUGCCAUCGGGGUUGACCCCUCCAACACAACAGCAGGCUCUUGCUAGACCCACAGGUCCUUCUGUGCAAACGCACCCUCCUUUUCUACUUCAAAACCAAUAUGAACCUGUUCAACCCCACUGGUUUUACUGCAAGGAGGUAGAAUACAAACAAUUGUGGAUGCCUUUCAGUGUGUUUGACUCUUUGAAUCUUGAAGAAAUCUAUAAUUCAGUCCAGCCGGACCCUGAGAGUGUGGUUCUAGGCACAGAUGGAGGGCGCUAUGACGUUUAUCUCUAUGAUCGACUGAGGAAGGCUGUGUACUGGGAAGAGGAGCCGGCGGAAGUCAGACGCUGUACUUGGUUUUACAAAGGGGACACAGACAGCAGAUUUAUUCCCUAUACGGAGGAGUUCAGUGAAAAACUAGAGGCUGAAUAUAAAAAAGCAGUAACCACCAAUCAGUGGCACCGUAGAUUAGAGUUCCCAAGCGGAGAGACCAUCGUUAUGCACAAUCCAAAGGUUAUUGUUCAGUUCCAGCCUUCAUCAGUGCCCGAUGAAUGGGGAACCACACAAGAUGGACAGACAAGGCCCAGGGUUGUAAAGCGUGGAAUUGAUGAUAACCUUGAUGAAAUUCCUGAUGGAGAAAUGCCUCGGGUUGACCAUUUGGUGUUCAUGGUGCAUGGCAUUGGACCUGUGUGUGACUUGCGCUUUAGAAGCAUUAUUGAAUGUGUGGAUGAUUUUCGGGUGGUUUCUCUGAAAUUGCUGCAGACACAUUUCAAGAAAUCUUUAGACGAUCGGAAAGUAAGCAGAGUGGAGUUUCUUCCUGUUCAUUGGCACAGUUCCUUGGGUGGGGACGCCACAGGUGUUGACAGGAAUAUUAAGAAAAUCACCUUACCAAGUAUUGGUCGGUUUCGUCACUUUACCAAUGAAACCUUGCUAGAUAUUUUAUUUUACAAUAGCCCCACCUACUGUCAGACGAUUGUGGAAAAAGUGAGCAUGGAGAUCAACCGUCUACAUGCACUUUUUAUGAGUCGGAAUCCAGACUUUAAAGGAGGAGUCUCUGUUGCUGGUCACAGUUUAGGUUCUUUAAUAUUAUUUGACAUCCUAUCUAAUCAAAAAGAUUUGAAUUUGUCAAAGUCUCCUGGGCCUUUUGCUGUUGCUAAUGGAGUUGUGAAGCAGCCACAUUUUCAGGAAAAGCAGAUGCCUGAAGAGUCAAAGCUGACUUUGGAUGAGUCUUGUGACCUUGAUGUUGAAAAUGAAGAAGUCCUAAGUUUGCAAGAAACUCUGGAAGCACUUAGCCUCUCUGAAUAUGUUAGCACUUUUGAAAAGGAAAAGAUUGACAUGGAAUCUCUGCUUAUGUGCACAGUUGAUGACCUGAAGGAGAUGGGCAUACCCCUUGGACCCAGAAAGAAGAUAGCUAACUUUGUAAAACAGAAAGCGGUUAAACUGGAACAGAAAAAAGCAGCAUCAGAAAAGAAGGCAGUGAUGGCUGCUUCGACAAAAGGGCAAGAGGAAAGUGCUCAGAAAGCUAAAGAGAUGGCUUCUCUCCCCUCAGAAUCUAAUGAGUCCAAGAGGAAACUUCCAGUUGGUGCUUAUGUGUCUUGUGUGCAUGUUGAUUAUGAGUCUUUUGAAGUUGGCACUGGACAGGUUUCUGUUGUUUACAACUCAUUAGACUUUGAACCAGAGAUUUUCUUUGCCUUGGGAUCUCCAAUUGGUAUGUUUCUCACUAUUCGAGGAGUGGAUAGGAUAGAUGAGAACUACAGGCUUCCCACCUGUAAAGGAUUCUUCAAUAUUUAUCAUCCACUUGAUCCAGUGGCGUAUAGAUUAGAGCCUAUGAUUGUUCCAGAUUUGGACCUGAAAGCAGUUCUCAUUCCCCAUCACAAAGGCAGAAAAAGACUUCAUUUAGAGUUGAAAGACAGUCUCUCUCGUAUGGGAUCUGAUUUGAAGCAGGGCUUCAUCAGCUCCCUGAAAAGCGCUUGGCAGACGUUGAACGAGUUUGCCCGCGCUCACACCUCUUCAGCUCAGCUUCAGGAAGAACUGGAAAAGGUGGCCAAUCAGAUCAAAGAAGAAGAAGAAAAACAAGUCGUUGAAGCAGAAAAGAUUGUUGAAAGUCCAGAUUUUUCCAAGGAUGAGGACUACUUAGGAAAGGUGGGAAUGCUAAACGGAGGCCGCCGAAUUGACUACGUUCUUCAAGAAAAGCCAAUAGAGAGUUUUAAUGAAUAUCUUUUCGCUCUUCAGAGUCAUUUAUGCUAUUGGGAAUCUGAAGAUACCGCCCUGCUGUUACUUAAAGAAAUUUAUCGAACAAUGAACAUUAGUCCAGAACAGCCCCAGCAUUGAUUGGACUUCAGUCUCACUCUAAAGUCGGGCCAGAAAUUGCAUUGCUGAGAAAACCCUCAGAAGACAUUCCCAGUUUGCUCCCGUGAUGGAUGACAGAAAAGUGGUUCAUCAGCGUUUGCUCAGAAUUUCUCACAUGUAGGAAGCCGUUUCAAAGAAAACGUACAGAACAAAAAGACAAUGGAGAAAAUCAGUACCACAUGUGGACAGUAUAGCUAAGAAAACGUAAUUUGGAAAAUGAUGCAAUUAAAAAUUCCUCAGAUCAGUUUAGUUGUACAGCUGUCAGAGUAAUGCGUGAUAUCAGUGAAGAAGUAUUUGUAGCAUGCAGAUGGUUAUUUCUGUUUCUUAAAAACCUAUUGUCAAUGGGCCAUUAAACUUGCAUUUUUUUAAAUUAAUGUAGUAUGUUCUUUUAUUCAAGUAUGGACUUCUUAAGAAACUAUAGUAAUACGACUUUCCAAAAAUUUAUAUUCUACUUUCAAUGUGACUUGCAGUUUCGAGCUGCUUUAAUGAGGGGUCGUUGGUGUCGAAGAGGAAGUAACCAAGAGCACUUAUAUUCCGAGUUGAAUCUGAGGUUUUAUGAAGCCUUUCAGGCUCUCGCUGAGAGCGUACUUGUGGAAAGAAGUGAGAUGCUCCAGAGGUCCCGUGAAGUGUCGUCCGGGCACAUGCGCGUCCGCUCGCAGGGGUGUGGGGAGCAAAUUGGAGGUUUUCCGUUUUGUCAUCUGAGGAGCUGUGCAGUCGCCUCAUUGCUAAACUUUCAGUUAAUGUGAGAACCAAAGUAGACUUUUUAGGUUUUGGGGUGGGUUUUUUUGGUUCGUUUUUUUGCUUUGUAUUAAUUUCACAUAUACCAAAGUAUUUCAGAGUAUGAAAUGUAUUGCUUCUAGACUGUAGAUCUACUUCCUGGAAAGACUGUUCUGUAAUAUUUCACUUUGUUUUACUAUGACUUUAAAAUCAAAUUAUCUUAAAUAUUUUCCUAAUACUACAUGGGAAUGCCGAUUUUUCUUCUUUUGUUAUGCGAUAGAAACAUUUUACACUGUUUACAUAGUUCUCAUGGAACAUAGACUUUUUUGAAAGCAACAUAUGAUACACAUUUUUUUGUGUAUAUAUUCUAACUAGUGUGAAUAAAACAGUAAUGGCAUUUUUAAAAAGCA